CACAGUAAAAGAGGAAGUAAAGAAGGCGCAGCAGAGAGGAAGAAAGAAGCAUCAUCAUCAGUCUUUCUGCUCUUGUGACGUGUGUUUAAACUGUAAUGAUGGCGAGACUGAGCGAACACGGGAUCCGCCUCAGCUCUAUGAGCCCGUCGUACCUGGAGAGCAACUCCACCAGUCACACGUGGCCCUUCAGUGCUGUAGCAGAACUCAUAGAUAAUGCGUCUGACCCUGGCGUAACGGCCAAGAACAUCUGGAUAGAUGUGGUGAAGGUCAGAGACCAGCUGUGUCUCAGUUUUAUGGACAACGGCAGCGGUAUGACGCCAAACAAACUCCACAAAAUGCUCAGUUUUGGGUUUACAGAGAAGGGUUCUGGUAAAAGCAGUCAUCAGCCCAUCGGCGUGUACGGUAAUGGGUUUAAGUCGGGUUCGAUGCGUCUGGGUCGUGACGCUCUGAUCUUUACGAAGAACGGUGGCUGUCAGAGCGUGGGUAUGCUGUCUCAAAGCUUCUUACAGGCUAUCAAAGCUCAAGCUGUGAUCGUACCCAUCGCCCCAUUCAACCAACAGACCAAGACUCUCGUGGUAACAGAAGAUUCUGAGGCAAGUUUGAGAGCCAUUCUGAAAUAUUCUCUCUUUCAGAAUGUAUCUGAGUUACAGGAGCAGCUAGAUUCCUUACAGGGCAAGAAAGGCACCAAGAUUCUCAUCUGGAACAUUCGCAGAAAUAAAGAUGGAAAGCCGGAGUUUGACUUUGACACAGAUGCAGAGGACAUCCGUCUCCCGGAGAUUCAAUCAGAGGAGGCUCAGGGAAAAUUAAGGAGAGAUUAUUACAAGCAUCGCAGAGACAGUCACAUUCCUGAAAUUGAGUAUUCUCUCAGAGCAUAUCUCAGUAUCCUUUACCUAAAGCCCAGGACUCAAAUCAUUCUGCGACAGAAGAAAGUUCAGACUAAACUAGUUGCUAAGAGUCUGUCCAUGAUUGAGAAUGACGUCUAUAAACCUCAUUUCAUCAAUGAGAGAGUGAAGAUCACAUUUGGAUUCAACAGGAAAAAUAAGGAGCUUUUUGGCAUUAUGAUGUACCAUAAAAACAGACUGAUAAAGGCCUAUGAGAAAGUGGGCUGCCAAAUCAAGUCAUCAGGUCUAAGGUCAGGGGUCGGAGUCAUUGGAGUGAUUGAGUGCAACUUCCUCAAGCCUGCUCACAACAAGCAGGAUUUUGAGUACACGAAAGAGUACAGACUCACUCUUGCUGCACUUGGUCUCAAACUGAACGACUAUUGGCGUGAAAAGAAGGAAAAGAAAGCAAAAGAGAGAGAGAUUCAGGCCUUAGAGAGAAAAAACAAAGAGGGUGACACGGAGGAAGAGGAGGAAGAGGAUGAGGAAGAGGAAGUUGAUGUGUCAUGGAUUCAAUGUGAAGAGUGUUUGAAAUGGAGAGGAGUCGCCACUCACCUGUUUGCUGGAAAGGUACCUGAUCCGUUCAGGUGCAGCAUGCAUCCAAUAGCACACUUAAGGAGCUGUUUGGUACCGGAGAAUACAGAAGAGGACGCUGAUGUCACACCUAGCUAUGAAAAAACAUUAAAAAAACAGGAAAAUGCCUCGGUUAAGAGAAGAGGAAGAUCAUUGGAGAUGAGUAAAAGCCCGGUGCGUCCUCUCUGUAGAGGACUAUCUGAUCCUGCAUCAGACACCAAACAGGAUGAGGUCAUGGUUACUAUGGCGAUAGAUUCACAUUAUACAGAUGAGGAUGGAGUCAAUGUUGCCGCUACUGAUGAGGAGUCUUUACCCUCUCCGAGAAAAAGAAGAAAAGAAACAUGUUCGCAUGUUGAAAAGGGCAAUAAGUCACCAAAUCGUGCUGGAACUCCAGAACUCCUCCUUGAGGGAGACACAGAAACAACAGACCAAAUAAACGAAACAGAAACAAAUAGCACCACAACAUCACCUCUAGAUAUGCUGGUGCUGGAGGACAAUAUUCAGCCAGAACCCUCAGUACUUGAGAGUCCUGUGGAGCCACAGAUUUCUCAGGGGCCACCACAGCCCAAAGAUCAGCCCAGAAUCCCCCCUCACCCUCUCUCGCCCCACACCUCUAUGACCAUGGCUCAGACCGUUGUCGUCACCCCUCUAAGCCGCUCAGGAUUUCAGCCUAUUUCACCAUUGCCGACGGACGGCUCGGACCGCACGGCUCUUACUCAGAGACUUGCUCAACUCGAGCGGGAAGCCAAACGCUUAAAAAGAAUCCUGGGCGCCCUUGAGCCCAUGACAGAGGUUGCCAUGGUAACAGAGGGUGAAGUAGGCGGGCCAUCUGAUGCCACCACAAAUGGACGACUUGCACAAAAUGGAGAUUCAGUGUCAUGUGACCAAAAUGUGGAAAGAUUGACCCCCAUGACAAAUGAGUCCAGGGGCGAGGAACUCUCAGUUUGUCUGAAAUCAGAGGAACAGGCAAACAGGCCCCCUGUGCAGCGAGGCAGUACUCCACCUGUCCAACAGGGAGCAGAAACGAGACCUAAAGACGAGCUGUACUGGAGUAAGACAUUAAUGAAACUCCAGAGUGAGAACCAGGCGUUAUCAGAUGAUCUGAACAAGCUGAGAACUGAGAGAGACCAAUUACUGAACCAAGUGAGACAAACCGAAAGAGAGACACAUGAGAGGAGAGACCAGAGCACAAACACAUCCAGUCAUACUUAUAAUAGCAGUGUCACACUGGAAAGGUUGCGGUCUAUCCGUCGGAAUGUGGUGGCAUUGCUCUCCUCCAUUCUGCCAAACCUGGAUAUGCAGGGCAUCAGCUAUGACACCAUUGAUGUAGACAGCAUCCUACAGCAGAUCAUUCAGGCCAAUAACCUCUGAUCCUGGAACAGUGAUUAUAGACAGGGGCUGGCCACCAAUUAAAAAGAAAACGGUGAUAUUACUGCAGCAUUGGGGCUAACACAAAAAGCAUUACAAUACAAAAUGUACAUUUAAAGUACAUUUCAUACAGCAGAUUAAAGCUUCAUUUCACACACAAUCUAUUUGAAAGCAGAUGAAACCUCACAGUGGUUUUACAAUCACAUUAACAGAAAUGUUCAUAUGCAUGAGGGUAUCGGGCCCUGUGACCUAAAGGAACAAUUUUAUGCAUGUGACAUUAAUAUACAAUUGUGCUCAAAAGUUUGCAUACCCUUGGAGAAUUGGUAAUAUAUGUACCAUUUUUAAAGAAAACAUGAGUGAGCAGGCAAAACACUUUUCUUUUAUUUCUUAUGGGAUUCAUAUUCAACUGUAGGUUAUAACGGAAUGGCACAAUCAUAAAACAAAACAUGGCAACAAAGAAAAACAAUGAAAUGACCCCUGUUCAAAAGUCUGCAUACCCUUAGUUCUAAAUACUGUGUAUUGCCCCCUUUAGCAUCAAUGACAGCGUGCAGUCUUUUGUAAUAGUUGUCUAUGAGGCCCCAAAUUCUUGCAUGUGGUAUAGCUGCCCAUUCGUCUUGGCAAAAUGCCUCCAGGUCAUGCAGAGUCUUUGGUCGUCUUGCAUGAACCGCACGUUUGUGAUCUCCCCAGAGUGGCUCGAUGAUAUUAAGGUCAGGAGACUGUGAUGUCCACUCCAGAACCUUCACCUUUUUUCUGCUGUAACCACUGGAGGGUCAACUUGGCCUUGUGCUUAGGGUUAUUGUCAUACUGGAAAGUCCAAGAGCGUCCCAUGCGCAGCUUUCAUGCAGAAGAAUGCAAAUUGUCUGCCAGUAUUUUCUGAUAACAUGCUGCAUUCAUCUUGCCAUCAAUUUUCACAAGAUUCCCUGUGCCUUUAGAGCUCACACACCCCAAAAACAUCAGUGAGCCACACCAUGCUUCACAGUGGGGAUGGUAUUCUUUUCACUAUAGGCCUUGUUGACCCCUCUCCAAACAUAGCGCUUAUGGUUGUGAUCAUAAAGCUCUAUUUUGGUCUCAUCACUCCAAAGGCGUGUCAAGGUGUUGUCGGGCAUAUUGUAACCGGGCUUUUUUGUGGCAUUGGUACAGUAAAGGCUUCUUUCUGGCAACUCGACAUUGCAGCUCAUUUUUGUUCAAGUAUCGUCGUAUUGUGCUCCUUGAAACAACCACACCGUCUUUUUUCAGAGCAGCCUGUAUUUCUCCUGAGGUUACCUGUGGGUUUUUAUUUGUAUCCUGAACAAUUUUUCUGGCAGUUGUGGCCGAAAUCUUUCUUGGUCUACCAGACCUUGGCUUGGUAUCAAGAGAUCCCUGAAUUUUCCACUUCUUAAUAAGUGAUUGAACAGUACUGACUGACAUUUUCAAGGCUUUGGAUAUCUUUUUAUACCCUUUUCCAUCUUUAUAAAGUUCCAUUACCUUGUUACGCAGGUCUUUUGACAGUUCUUUUCUGCUCCCCAUGGCUCAGUAUCUAGCCUGCUCAGUGCAUCCACGUGAGAGCUAACAAACUCAUUGACUAUUUAUACACAGACACUAAUUGCAAUUUAAAAAGCCACAGGUGUGGGAAAUUAACCUUUAAUUGCCAUUUAAACCUGUGUGUGUCACCUUGUGUGUCAGUAACAAGGCCAAACAUUCAAGUGUAUGUAAACUUUUGAUCAGGGCCAUUUGGGUGAUUUCUGUUAUCAUUAUGAUUUAAAAAGGAGCCAAACAACUAUGUGAUAAUAAAUGGCUUCAUAUGAUCACUAUCCAAAAAAAAAAAAGUUUUUUUUGCAUGAUCAGUCAUAUUUUCAAAAUCAAUGCCAAAAUUUCACCAUUUCUGCCAGGGUAUGCAAACUUUUGAGCACAACUGUAUCUAUCAUUUCUAAAUCGAUGCAUGCAUGAAUCUCUUGCACACACACAAAAACACAUGCUCACAGUCUAUGCAGGUUAAAUGACAUUCACAAUCAUAUCACAACCGACUGAGGUUUCACACAGAGUCACAAGCAUUUGCCUCUGCACCUUUUCUGAAGCUCAAAUGUAUGCAUCUAUAAGCAGCUUUUGCUUGUAUACAUUUAAACCUACUGUUCUUUAUACCAUUAAGAGCUUAUAAUGCAAAAACAUUUUUUUAUAUAUCUUUUGUAGCAGAAAUUUUUUAUCAUUGCACAACAGAUUUAAAUUUUUAACAUGUAUUGCAUUUGUUUAUCAUAUAAUAAAGAUCAUCAGUGCUGUUUUUUUGAACGUUU